CUCUGUCAAAUACUAGGCGCGGUGCAAUGGUUGCCGAUGCAAACAAGGAACUUGGUGUCUACAUAUCAUCCAUUAUUCCCAGGUCUUCCGUCGAAGCGCUCUGAUACUUUGGACUGGCAAACAGUCAUUCCGGAGAGCGCCAAGUUCUUGAUCAACUACCGGGACCUGGCAGAAUCUGGGGGUGCAACUACCAUCGCCGAAUAUUUGUCGCGGGCAAUAGUCGAUUUACACAUAGCCUGUCAACAUCCAAACCAGGCAGCUGCUUUGAUGGACCUAUUUCGAGUGUACGAAGGCCGAGGAGACCAGGUGGGAAUGGCCAACUGCAAGCUUAUGGAAGGCGAUGCUUUUUUGAGCCCUUCAUUUGCAAGCCCAAUCUCUCUCAAUAUGGUACUCGUAGAAUCUUCAUCAGCAGUCGGGGGGGAUACCCUAUGGGAUCCCAUUGAUUUCGAUCUCAAAUUCGACUACACAUCACAGGCGAGGGAUUGCUACGCAUCGGCGCUGAGUCUCUUUCAGAAGGGGAAGUGCAAGAGAGGUCAGGCCGCAACAUUGCUUCGGCAGGCCUGCUGCUUACACAACGAACAACGUCAUCUCCGCGGCGCGAAUAAACAGAGCGUUGGCUUACUUGAUGAGGCCGAGGAAAAGUUGCGCCAAGCACAUGCUCUCUUUGCCAGAGACGAGGCCAAUACUCGAUUAGCUGAUGCUCACCGAAUUCUUCUCAGUAUAACGAGAGGAGAGGUAAGCAAGACUAAAGCCAUGGCGCAAGACAUUGGAAAGUGGGGAGUCGAAGCCAGAAACGAACUGAUGGCACAUGGCCUCGGGCUCCUCAUGAUGCGCUUCGCUUACCAUGAGUGGAAUAGGUUUGGCAGAUUAGAUACUGCUCUUUCUGCCUGGGAGUGUGCAUAUGAGGUGUUUGAUGCUAUCAACGAUGUGAUUCCAAAAUUUCAGACUCUGAUGUCUCGGGCAGCGGCGUACCACGAUAUGUUCAACGACACAGCAGUAAAGAUAGUGGCACCCAGGGCGCUCGCUAUGAUAGAUUCUGUCAGUGACACAUACGACAGAAUCUUGAAUGAUGCACCCGAUACGUCGUUGGGGAUGGCUGACCGGAAGACCGUACUUGCGAGUAAGUUCAAUACGCUUUGGACGUUUGAGACCAAUAUAAGCCAAAUAUUCCUUCGCCUAGAGGAUUUCCAAGCCCUCGAAAACUGGCAGAAGAAGCUUUCUGGUUUUGUUGAGCAGGAUGAAAGCUUUCAGCACUUUAUCGCAACUAUCGAGCAGAAAAAUGGCUCUGGCCUAUCACUCCCCGAAUUCGGAUACUCCCAGACUAGGCUAAGAGGGUUGUGGAAAGAAACAAUGGCUCAUCAUGCAAUCAGACUCAGGUAUGCUUCGGCUGAUAUCAAGAGUCGUGAAGACCUUAUGGAAGGAAACGUUGAUAGAGCUAGAAAGACUCUUCGCCGCUUUGUGAGCGAUGCUGAACAGAUGGAGCUGGUUUACACGCGAGAUUUGUACCGCAUAUUGGCUUGUGCUCACAUCGGAGACCGAGCCAAAGCCCGGUCUAUACUGGACGGCAUCAGUGAUAACAUGCUCUUUGGAGGAAGCCUGGAAGAAUAUCUCCAGGGGAGGGCGCUUAAAACCACCUUCCCCGCUAUAGCUGAGAAUGCUCUGAUGUUUACAAUCCAUGGAAACGACUUAGACAGGGCAUUCAGGGUAGCCAAUCUGAUCACAAAAAUAGUUCCGGAUUUCUUCAGCUGGACCUUCGAGAAUAUCUACAAUUACUCUUACCGACUCGGGAACUAUGGCACAAUUUUGCUCAAUAAUCAUUGCCCUCAAAAAGCCUUUCGUCACUUACUCGAGGCACGUCAGCUCAUUGAGCUCCGCCGUACACAUACUACUGAUGUUGAUGCCAGGAUUGGAAACUCAAUGUCUAGGUGGACUUACGAAGUAUUUUUGGAUCUAGCACGCGCCUGUCUUCGUUGCCAGGAGGCCGGUGUUCCGCUGGCCGUGUUGACUCAGUAUAAGCAUGGACAUCCUGGAAGUAUCUCCUGGCCAGAACAUGCAUUGCUUUUCCUAGAAGAAAGCAGAGCUCGUGUUGUACUAGACUCAUUACAAGUUGGAUCGGGUGACGAAGGAGAGUCUGACAAAAGAAUGGCUUUACUUUCGGAAGCCAUAUAUAAGCAACGAGCCCUCAGAGUGCUGCUCGCUCUAGACCGCCCCAGCUCCGAGCAAGAAGAAGAACUCUCUCAGCUUCAGAAAGAGAUUGGUGAAUUGGAAGGCAGCGGGAGUUCUUCAGCUACUACUGGGUUUAUUGCUGCAGCGAGCUCUACAGUUGAGCCCCAGUUACUUUAUCAAAAUAUUAACGAUGAUGCAGUAGUGAUAGAGGCCACCUUUGGGGGUCAAGGCUUUGUGGCAUUUGCGAUUACCAGGAACGGAAUUCAGAAAGUUCACCACGGAGCUGCGCGCUCUGUUGACAUGCAGAUGCCUGCCAUGCGGUUUAUGCAGAUUCUCAGAGAAAUGACCGGGUAUCGAGGGGAGGAGGAAGACACCCGCAAGCGGGUUCUCAACGAGUUGUCCGCAGAGAUAUCCUCAGUAUUGUUGACGCCGUUUGCAGGCACGAUCAAACUGAAGUCGCAUGUCAUCUUUUCCGUGUCUGAGCCUUUCACAGCAUUUCCUUUCUCUGCCCUUCUCUUCGAUGGCAAACCAUUGAUUGUACAUGCAUCGGUAUCACAAAUCCCCAGUCUGACAGUUUUGUACUAUGUCUCUCAGCGGCAGUCGGCGUCGCGAUUAUCGGAACCAACAGUAACGGUGUUUGCGAAGUCGCCUGUCGAAUCCUCGUCCGCAGAAACAAGAGCCGGAAAUGAGGAUGAUCUGCACAUGGCAGGUAUCGAGGCAGUAAACAUCGCCCGGAUAUUCUCCACCUGGCCAAUUGAAGCGUCGCGUCUCUCACGAAAGAACUUUCGCGAAUAUAUCAGGGGUAUAUCGUCCGUCCUACACAUCGGAACUCACGGCAAGGUGGAUUUCAAGAAUCCUCUUAUGUCGUCGAUCUCGAUCGGAGAGGACUUCCGGGUUCUGGAUCUAUCCGAGAUCGAAAGCAAGGCAGAUCUCAUAGUCUUCGCGGCAUGUUUGAGUGGACUCGGAAAAGCAACCAUUGGCAGUGAGGUUUUGGCCUUCUCUCACGUCGUGCUUGGCACCGGAUGUCAAGCCUUCAUGGGUACACUGUGGGAAGUCAGCGACUUUGCAUCCAUGCUGAUGAUGACAAUCUUUUAUCGGAACCUCAAAGAAAAGAAGCAUUUCUCACUGGCGGAUGCAUUGAGGGAUGCUCAGACUGAGCUUCUCCACUUUGACAGUUGGAAGGCGAGCCAAUUUGUGGAUAAUCUACUGGAAUCAUGGACCUCGGAAACAACUAACGACGGAGGUCCUCGUCCUGAUGAGUUCGUGCCGGAUGCAGAGUGGCUGCUUCAGAUGUCCAAGAUGAUAUUGGAUCAACUGGACUGGACGAGUCCGUUUUACUGGGCACCAUUCAUGCUGAUGGGCAGUGGCGGACAUCGCCUGUCUCAUCUGGAGGUUUAGUGACAGCGUUGAUUCUACUGUUGAAAUUUAUCGUAUCUCUGCUAUAGGUGUAGUGGGUGGAUUUAAUGAUACCGAUGAUUUUGUAAGUUGAGUUCCCAAAGUAUGGCAUGCCAAAGAGUUAUGAAAGCAGUUCCUGGCUCGUGGAGGAAAAAUG